AUGAUUGCAGGCUCCAUAUGGCAUCGCAGCUUCAGCUUCUUCCCGUAUCUCAGAUCAAGCGCCAACCAGCAAUUCGUAUUGGAAGCUACAUACUACAUCUAUGAUUCAGAAUUCAGAGGCGAGAAGGCUGAAAAGAAGGUCGACUUUGUGCGUUUUUUGAUCGACGAGAUCUUCUGCGAUCGCAGAAGCCAUCAGAUCCAACCCUCCUUCAUUUCCAUCUCCAGAAUUCUCGGUAGCUCGCUCAAGCCUCACUCAGACAUUUCUCCUAAUUAUCAAUCGCAGAGGGUGGACGAUCUGAAUCUGAUUUCCACUCAUCUUUGCGCAUCAGAGAAUUUUAGAUUGGGAUUUGAAGUGAACUCUGGGGAGAAAGGGGAGCAUUGCCAUUACAUGAUUGCUUCAUAA